AUGGUUAACACUCACGAGGCAGAGCGCCUACACAUUUUGAUUGCUGGGGCUGGGAUUGGAGGCUUGUUGGCCGCGAUCGCCCUUAGACAAGCUGGCCAUGUUGUACAUGUAUUUGAAUCAUCUCGCUUUGCGGUCGAGCUCGGUGCCGCAAUUCAUCUCCCUCCAAACGUGAACGGACUUUUGCGGCGAAUGGGUAUCCAGCCAGAGGAGUUUCGGUGCAACGAUGCGGAAUUUGUAUCCGUUUUUGACGCUCAGGGAAACGUUGUGAGCUCAAAGGACGUUCGCAACUUGCGAGAGAUCUAUCCAUUUCCCUGGCAAUUGAGUCAUCGAAUCGAUCUCCAUGAAGCGUUGAAAGCAAAGGCUACUUCAAUCCACGGCCCUGGCAUUCCAGUCACCAUUCACCUACGAAGCAAGGUCAUUGACUGCGAUCCUGCUUGCCCUUCGCUGACCCUAGCCGAUGGAAGCCAGGUGCAAGGAGAUCUUCUCAUUGGUGCUGACGGUGUUCAUUCUGUACUUCGUAAGAUUGUCGCUCAAGAAGACAUCGCGGCAGAACCCUCUGGCGGAAGUGCCUUUCGGUUUCUUAUCCCAAUCUCAAAGAUCAAAGCGAAUCCAGAGACCGCAGCCCUUGUUCAGAAGCAUGGAGAGCUUCAAUUCUGGGAUGGUCAGUAUCGUCGCCUCGUGAUUUAUCCUUGCCGGAAUAAUACGGAACUCAACUUUGUGUGCUUACACCCUGAUACCGAGAGCGAGGGUACAACUGAAGGAUGGAACAUUACCGGAUCCCAGGAGAACCUCCUCAGAGUGUUCGACGGGUUUUCUCCAGCCAUGAAAGCUCUUCUUGCGAUGGCUGACCCUGACUCUAUCAAGCUUUGGAGGCUCCUGGAUCGCAAGGCUCUCGGAACUUGGAUCAAUGGCAAGAGUUGUCUCAUUGGAGAUGCGGCACAUCCAUUCCUUCCACAUCAAGGCCAGGGUGGUGCCCAAGCAAUCGAAGAUGGAGUCGCACUGGGUGCAUUACUCCCCAAAGGUACUACUCGAGAUGAUAUUCCUGGUCGACUCGAGCUGUACAUGAAGUGUCGCUACGAAAGAGCAACCAUGGUUCAGAAUUUUUCCCGUCAAGCAGCGUUUAAAAUCAGUGCCAAGGACGCCGUUGGAGGUACAUCAACCGAUCCUCUUGAAUUUAUGCGGAUUAACUUCGGACAUGAUGCGCACGACUUUGCGGCUAACGUGCUUCGCAAAGACCAGGUGAGUCGGACCCCGAAGCCAAAUACAUUGUGUACUCUGUUUGGUCCCUCGACACCUUUGAUUUUGGGCACCCGUGGUUCUCACGGUAUUCUUGGAUCGCCCGCAAAGAGACUACUGGAGAUUGAAUUCCGCGCUCGUCGAAACUACCUUGAAACCUUCCUUCCAAGAAUGGAUUCACGUAUUGCCUCGCCUGGCGGUUGGAGCAAGGCUUCCUGGGUUGUUAGGCGCAUUCAACCCGAGGAGUGGAAGGGACACGGUGAAAUCACCGUUGUAGGCCUGUGCAUCUUCAACACACUUCUUUCACCCGAUCAGAAGGAGCCCAAAGAAUUCAACCCGGUCAUCUUUUGUGAUAAUGCCGACUUCGUGAUUGCGGCACGCGAAGAGCUCAAUCUUCCUAUUCUACUCGUUGAUCUAAAGGAAAGGUUCAUUGAUACUCGGUACCAAAUGAAACUCGAGCGGUCAGGCCAUACUGUUAUGGAGAUUCAGGCGAACCUUGCAGCUGAUCAUCGUAAUGGCGUGUCUGGUAAUGAAACCAGUGGAGAAUCAUGGGUCUCUAUGACUCUUCUGAAGCCGGAAGUCGUUGAAGCAGUACUUCCUUGUCUGGCCAAUGUGAUUGGACGGCUACAGAGUCUCGACAUGAAGAACCCAAUGAUCACGCAAUCAAACCUCACAUUCUGA